CUCCCAGAAACUCCCUUCCCCAAUGCCCAGCCGCCCCACCUUGCCAGACUUAGCUGACCAGCCAGCAAGGACGCCCGCUGCCUCCCACCUGCCCUCCUGCCCUCCUUCACCAGCCAAGCCCAGCCUGAGCCAGCACCUGCCUUUAUGACCAUGUUCAAGGGACUGAGCAAAGGCUCCCAGGGGAAGGGGUCCCCGAAGGGCUCCCCAGCCAAGGGGUCCCCCAAAGGCUCCCCCAGCAAGCACAGCUGACUGCCACCCAGGAGCUGGCCCUGCUCAUCUCCCGCAUGCAAGCCAACGCCGACCAGGUGGAGCGGGACAUCCUGGAGACGCAGAAGAGGCUGCAGCAGGACCGGCUGAACAGUGAGCAGAGCCAGGCCCUGCAGCACCAGCAGGAGACGGGCGGCAGCCUGAAGGAGGCCGAGGUGCUGCUCAAGGACCUCUUCCUGGACGAGGACGAGGCCCGGCGGCUCAAGCACCCGCAGGCUGAGGAGACUGAGAAGGACAUCGAGCAGCUGCACGAGCAGGUGACCCAGGAGUGUGCCGAGUACCGUGCCCUGUACGAGAAGAUGGUGCUGCCGCCCCGACGUGGGAUCCAGGGUCGACUGGGCACACGUGCUGGAGCAGAAACAGCAGGAGGUCUGCGCAGGCCAGUAUGGGCCGGGCAUGGCGGAGCUGGAGGAACGGAUCGCGGAGCUCAACAUCCUGCAGAACGAGAUCAACGACCAAGGAGAGCAGCUGCGGAGCCUGGUGGGGCCCGCCCCGUGGGAUGCCGCCACCAUCCGGAGCCAAUACCGAGACCUACUGAGGGCGGCGUCGUGGCGCGGGCAGAGCCUGGGCAGCCUGUACACGCACUGCAGGGCUGCACGUGGCAGCUGAGCGCCCUGGCGGAGCAGCAGUGCCGCAUCCUGCAGCAGGACUGGAGCGACCUCAUGGCCGACCCUGCGGGCGUGCGGCGGGAAUACGAGCACUUCAAGCAGCACGAGCUGCUGAGCCAGGAGCAGAGCGUAAACCAGCUGGAGGACGACGGCAAGCGCAUGGUGGAGCUGCGGCACCCCGCGGUGGGGCCCAUCCAGGCCCACCAGGAGGCCCUGAAGAUGGAGUGGCAGAACUUCCUGAACCUGUGCAUCUGCCAGGAGACCCAGCUGCAGCACGUGGAGGACUACAGCCGAUUCUGUGUCCGUCUUCCUCUCCUCAUUGACUCUGCAUGAAGGGGAUUUCUGGUGGGGUAAUGGUAGCAGGCGAGAAAUGAAGUACCAAGAAACUAGCAAAGGGUCUUCUGGUUGUCUGGGGACAGUCCUCCUGUCAUCCCCAGCCUAGUCUCAAGGGUUCUGGGCCGGUCACCCUGCUGCCUCUGUGCUGUGUCUCUGGAUCUGGCCUCCAUGGGAAGGACCCUGGGAGACCCAGCAGAGUGGGGUGCCUGGGUUGACAAACAUCUUCCUGUUCCUCUGGCUAUGUGGCCCAGGAAUAGGCCCAGACAGUGCAUCCAGAUGUGCGAGGCCACAUCACUGCCCCCUUUGAGAUGGCCCAGAGGACCUUGUGGCACAAGCGUGAAGCUCAGCACCCGGAGCCUGGGACAAACUGCCCCUCCCUAUGUCCUGGAGUUGGGGUCCAGUCCCGAGAAGACUCUCAGUCACCUGUGGGUGCUGAUGAGGGGAGGGAGAGGUCUGUGGACUGAGAAGGGCCAUUGGUAGGGGACUCUGAACACCACCGCUCAGGGGUCUGGUCAGUGGGGGUCUGGUCAGCAGAGAUUGAACUCUGGGGCUCAGACACAGAAAACCUGUUCAGUUACCCUUUCUCCUUUUUCAGCUCUUGCCGCACGUGCAGAGAGAAAGGAACUUCCAGUGCCCGCUAUGGAGCCACAGCCCACAGCAUGGGGAAGUCCCCAUCCAGAGGCAGUGCUGCAGCUAGAGGUAGCUCCAGAGUCCUCCAGGCCCUGCACAGAUACAGCCAAAGACCAGCAAAGCGACAAGCUGCCAGACCUCAUGCCACCUGCCGUAGCCACUGGGCUCAGCCCUGGAGCUGAGAGCAUCGCUGGAGAUAGACGUGGCAGAGAAGAGGUUGCGAGCAUGGCCCCAGCCAGCAGCUCACACGCUGCCAGACCUCAUGCCACCUGCCGUAGCCACUGGGCUCAGCCCUGGAGCUGAGAGCAUCGCUGGAGAUAGACGUGGCAGAGAAGAGGUUGCGAGCAUGGCCCCAGCCAGCAGCUCCCACGCUGCCCCUAGUCCUGGGCAUGGAGCGAGCCUUGGUGUCAGAGACCAGGGUGUGCAGUCUGAGCUCCUCUACCUUACUAAAGAGAGGCCUCUUUUAUUUACCAGAGCCACAGCCCUGCUGCCUCAGGACCUUUUCAUUCUGCCGGUGCUGGGGCUGUCUAUCUGCAAGCUGGAGGUGUUGAGAGCAGGAAAAGGAGGCUGUGAGGAAGGGUUCGGGCAGCUCCUCCAGCUCUCAGAGGUGGCCUCCUCCUCCAGGCAUGGAGGUCUGUCCACUACUGGGCUUCUGGGCUAUUUGCCCCUGAUUUGCUCCCUGGUACGGGCUCUUCUUAACAGGCAGGCAAGGGGUGCGGGGACCAGGCGAGGGCUUCAAAGGGUACAGUACCAAAUCUUCCAAACUCAGCACUUGUGCCCUGGGGUCUCCAAACUGUCUUCUGCCCUAGGAUUUAUUCAUACUGUUAAAUUACCAGUUUAUGCAAAUGAUAUGUAAAUAAAGCUCAAUUUUUUGAAACUUCAUGCCUUUUUGAACUCCCUAAUGUUAGAUGGUGUUUUUGAGGCUAUCUGAAAAUCUCUGAUAGUUGUGUCUUUUGUUGUGGUUGUUUGUGUGAUUGAGUUACCACCACCAAAUCAACUGUUAUUGGAAACAUUUCAGGUAUGGCUUUUAGAAGACCUGGACCUACUCUUGCCUGUUUUGACCCUCCAGUUUAUUGUGGAAGGAAGGAUCAUGUGGUUUCACGUCUCCGGCAGAUCAAUCACUUUCCUCCAUCCAUAGCAGGGAGGAGUCAUGGCACCCCAGAGGGAUGAAAUACUGCUCCCCAAGUAUUUCUUAUUCUGUCUCUUCCUCUCUCUCAUUCCCUGCUCCACAUCUCUCUUUCUGCCUCCUUUUCCAGUUCUCUCUCCCUCCUCAUCUCACUGCAUGCCACUGUUCAGGCUCCUGGGGCUCCACGUGGAAUGGCGGACACGGGACUCCUAGGCUAAGUUUCACGGCACAAGCACAGGGCUGCAGGACCUAGGUCCCCCACCUCCCAGCACCCUCAAAAUGAGAGGUGUGGGGUGUGCCCGUGCUCUCCUGGGUGGGCGCCCCACGCUCCAGGAAGCAGAAACUGCAGGACAAAGCUGGCACAAGUGACAUGCCCACGUGGCUGCCAGCUUCCCUCUUGGGAUCUGCUGAGGCCAAAGCAGAGGACACCUGUCCACAACCGACCCCGCACCAGGGUGGGGGGAGGGGUGGGUUUGGGGGUGAGAAUGGGGAUGGGAACAGCCACUGCAAAGCAGUCCCUGGCUGGCUUCCUGCCCUGCACCCUGUCAUGCAAGGCCUCUCCUCCCGCCCCACCCCUGCCCCUCACCACCUCCACCCCUAGGCUGUCCAAAUCCAGGCUCCAGAAGUCUCCCAGGAUCCAAGAACUAAGGGCAACCACUGGGCUCCGCAGCCCCUAGUCCAUGAGUCAGCCACCCCUCUGCAUGCUGACAAACCUUGGCUGUCACUUAUCCUCCACCCCAAACCAGCCCCAGCCCCAUCCUACUGCAGGCCUGUGUGGCUGCUGGAGAAGCCAGGCUCCUUUCCUCACCCCAAGGCUGCCUGAUAUACUUUCUGGAUCCUGGAGAAAACUGACCCACUAUUCUCAUACUGGUGCAGCUUCUUCCAAGACCUCAAAAUUGGACAACGUGAACUUGUCUUGUUUCUUGUCUCUUCUUGCUAGGACUGUCAUGGGGACAGUCCGAGAUGGGGGGUGGGGGGAAGACAAUGGAUGAAUGGAUGGAUGAAUGGACAUCCCCCCACCAGCAUUACCACCUCCUCCCAAACAUAGUCCUGAGAGCUCUAUUUCCUGGUAAACUUCCCCCUUCCCACCCUGGUCCAGGGAAGCCCAAAGGCCAGCGCCCUCCACCCACCCUUCCUGGGGUCCACUCUACUGUCUGCUUGCCCAGAUGUCUUAACCCGGCUUUACCAAGCUAGAACAGAUAGCAGGGAUGAGCCCCCAGCCUGUGCCAGGAAGAUUUGCCAAAAUGUUCUCAGUUUAGAAGCAGGGGCAGUGACGGGGCUUAGGGAUGACCCCAGGGUUGUCACUCAAGUAGCAAGAAGGGCAAGGAGCCCUGUUUCCUGCCCUUACCCUGGGAGAACUUGGCCGGGGCUCCACAAGGCCCUGCAGGGGCAGCAGGAGAGCAAAUCCACGCUCCUUUUGAGGAAGUCACCACCAUCCCUAGGAAGCAGCAGAUGGGGGCGCACUGGCAGAGCCCUCGCGUGCUAUAGGGCGAGGCCAGCAGAUCUGUACUCAGCCUCAGCCCCAGGGGAGCUGCAACACAGACUGAGACCCUCACAGGUUUGGCUCUGUGUCCCCACCCAAAUCUCAUCUGGAAUUGUAAUUCUCCUGUGUCAAGGGAGGAACCUGGUAGGAGGGGAUUGGAUUUGGGGACAGUUUCCCCCAUGCUGCUCCCCGGAUAGUGAGGUAGUUCUCAGGAGAGCUGAUGGUUUCAAAAUGUGGCACUUACUGGUUCUCCACUCACUCCCUCCUGCCAUCUUGUGAAGAAGGUGCCUGCUUCCCUUUCACCUUCUGCCGUGAUUGCAAGCUUCCUGAACUGCAAGUCAAUAAAGCCUGUUUCCUUUAUAAAUUACCCAAUCUCAGGUAUUUCUUUAUAGCAGUGUGAAAACAAACGAAUACAGUCCCCUUCCCUGAGGUGCCUUCUCCUUAGGCAACCAGCUGCCCCCAUGCUCCUCCUCUGCCCCAUGGUAUUUCCUUUCCCCUCAUGAGGCCCAAGUGAUCCACAUGGCCAGCCCCAACCCCAUCCUAUUGCAGGCCUGUGUGGCUGCUGGAGAGGCCGGGCUCCUUUCCUCACCCCAAGGCUGCCUGAUAUGCUUUCUGGAUCCUAGAGAAAACUGAUCCACUAUUCUCAUACUGGUGCAACUUCUUUCAAGACCUCAAAACUGGACAACAUGAACUUGUCUUGUUUCUUAUCUCUUCUUGCUACGGCUGUCAUUGGGACAGUCCGAGAUGCGGCAAGAGCUGAAAAAGGAGAGCUGCUCAGAGCUGAAAAAACUUGCUCAGUGACCCUUCUCUUUCGUCCUCAUGGUGGCUUCGUAGAGUGGGUGCUGUUCCCGAAUGUACCCAUUCGACAGGUGAGACAUCUGGGGUCAGAGAGGCGGUAACCGGCCUGGGAAUCAGACAUGACCCUGGAUUCUGCUCUCAGCCCUGCUGUGUGCCGUGCUAGACUUCAGGCCUCAACCCUGAGACCUCCCUGCUCUAGAUCCCAAAUCUGCCCAGAUUUCCGAUCCCGAUGGGGCAGAGCCUGGCCCUGGCAGAGACACUGGAAUGGAUCCACUGUGGGUGGGGAGGAGGGAAGGGUCCUCAGAACACACCUGGGGCCUAAGCUGGGUCCUGAUGGUCACUGUGGGACCCACUGGACACACAUAGUCCCUUGUCUGGGAGUGGCAUGGGGAGCCUUCUGCCCUUGGGCAGUUGUGGAAAGUGAAGGAGCCCUGGAGGGCUGGCUGAGGGGAGACUAUCUUCCCUUGUGUUCAAAGGGGUCCGGGCACUGGGGUUCUCCCCAAGUAUUUCUUAUUCUGUCUGGCCUCGCUUUCCUUUUGCCCUGAGUAUUCUCAGGAGGGACGGUCCAUCUAGAUGUUCUCCAGGAGCAAGGACCCACUCUUCUACAUCAGUGACACAGGAACAUGAAGCCCCCUCCUGUAGGGACAGCUCAGAAUGGUGGAGUCCACAGUCCGUCCCUGAGAGACAUGGUUUCCAUGAGCACAGUGGCUGCUUUGGAGACAGUAGAUCAUUUUUAUCCCCAAAACCAAACACACUCCUGCUCAAAUGGCGUUAUUCUUAAAGCAGCUUCACUGGUUAGACUGAAGGGCCAUGGUAGCCCAAGUGAUGAGCGGGGUAGAACGGAGCAAUCAGGAGAGAUCUUGUUCCUCAUAGGAAACUGGGCAUCUCUGUGGCCCUGAGCAUCCCAGGAGGCCGAUCGUACAGAGACCUCUGGUGCCUGACCGCAGUUCACAUCCACAUCCCCGGAAUAGCCCAUCACAGGCUCUUCACCCUUGGCAGGUGGACACCAUUCAACCUGCCAGGGCAGGUGUGUGCUCGUUUCAUGGCAUAUGGGGACAACGGGAUUCUCUGUCCAGGUCCCACUCUUCUCGAGUCCUUGGGAACAUGCCCACCCCUGCUUAGGGCUUCAGACUGCAGAGACCCAUGGAUGUGUGGGCCACGGGGUUUGGACCCUUUUUACCAGAGUGCAGUGGUGGAAUGAAGGUUAUACAACCAGCCAGCAUCUGGGAGCCCGGCGGGAGCAGUUCAGGGGUUCUCUGAAGCUGUUGGGUACAGUGUAACCUUUAGACAACUUUGUCUCACAGGAUGGACAUGGUAGAGGGCACGGAUAGUGUGCAGGCAUAGAAGCGGGAGGACAUAAUUAUGAAGUAUCAGAAGGUACAGUUCGGUCUGCUCCUUGGAGGGAGGCCUCUUCCAGUGCGCCCUGGUCAAAGGGUCCUGGGUUCCCUCGGAGCACAGGGCAGGGACAGGUGGCCAA